AUGCCUACAGAGUUAGAAGAUUUGGUAGGAUUACUUCAUUCUCCCCAACCAGCCGUUGUCCAAAUUGCUUUGGAUAACUUAGUUGGAUAUUCUCAAGCAAAUAAAGAAAUUUUCGCUUACGAUAAUUAUGAAGCUAUUAAAGAUUUAAAGAAUUUGUCUAAAAGUGAAGGUAAAACAAUGGUUGAACAAGCCACCACUUGUUUAGCUAAUUUAUGUUCUGAUUUGAAGGUCAGAGACUUAAUUGUUGAAGAUAUCGAUUAUUUGAAAUUUUUAGUCAAAUCUAUUGUCAACAUUACUAAUUCAAAUGCUGAUUUGAUGUGUAUAUUGUUAACUAACUUAGCAAAGAACGAUAAUAUUGUCAAGAUUCUUGAUUUCAAGAUAAGUCAUGAUAAAGAAAACAAUACUUUCAAAAGUGAUAAAGUUAUGGAUUGUUUAAUGGAUUGUUUCGUUAAAGGUGCUGAUAGAUCAUUAAAUAAAUAUGCUAACUUUGAUUACUUAUCAUAUUUUUUUGCUGAUAUUUCGAGAUUCCAACAAGGUAGAGACUAUUUUAUCACUGAACAAGCUUAUGACGAAGUUGUGCCUAUAACCAAAUUAUUAGUGUUCACCGAAAAAUAUGAUUCUAAAAUAAGAAGAGAAGGUGUUGCUUCAACCAUUAAAAAUUCAUUAUUUGAUUCUACUAAACAUCACGAAUUAUUAACCAAUCCAAAUAUUAAUUUACUUCCAUACAUAUUACUCCCUAUUGCUGGACCUGAAGAAAUUGAUGAGGAUUACAUGUUCGAUUUACCUGAAGAAUUACAAUUAUUACCUUCUGAUAAAGUAAGAGAUCCUUUAAAAGGUUUAAUAUGUAUCCAUUUAGAGAGUUUAUUAUUAUUAUGUACCACCAGACCAAUCAGAGAGUAUUUAAGAGAAAAGGCAGUGUAUGCUAUUGUUCGUGAAUUACAUAAAGUUGAGCUGGAUUCAAAUGUUGUCGAAUUAUGUGAUAAAUUAGUUCAAUUUUUAAUGAGAGAUGAAGGUGAAGAAGAUGUUGAAGAAAUAGUUAAUGAAGAAAGUGAUGAUGACGAUGCUAUUAUAGAGGUUUUGUAG